UAAGAGCUGAAAAGCUCUAUGAUACGGACGAAGAGCUUAACAACGACGAGCACCAGAUCCCGGCCCCAGCAUCUCCGGAACCAUAUGUAAAUUUAGAUGAUAUGCCAAUGGAGGUUGGUGGCCAACUGUGGUACCCCCGAACUCACACUCACGAUGGUGGCCAAGUCCAAGUUUGGUACCCGUACCCCCGAACGGCGGUGACCGCCCAACUCAACAACAGCUUGUCGGGCAGCGAGGUGGAAAAGAAUGGAACGGCCAGCAAUAGUUCGAUCGGUAGUGGGGUCAGCUCAUCGACUGGUGGCAUGAUCGCCUCGAUGGUUGCUUCUGGCGGAUACUCGACACUUCCGGGAGCGGGCAGCGCCACAGCAGGGGGAACAGCAGGAGGGAGCGUAGAAGCUGUUCAGCUGUUGAAGGAAGUGUUGGCACACAAAAGCCACGAUCAGGACUCCGCUAUCUCCGCUCAUCCGCGUCCGGUCAUCGAUGAGCGCGAGCAUUCGGAGGAGGAGCAUAUGGAGGAGAAAUUGAAAAACUUGGAGGCCAGAUUGCUAAUCCUGGAGCAGCAGCAGCGAUUACAAUCAUCUCCGGCCAUCUCGCUGCAUUCGCCAUCUUCUCCGGCCAUCCCGUCUCCCGCUCCUGCAAAUUUGCAGCUGCAGCUUCCAGCAAAUACUCCUGAAUUGAUUGAUUUGCUGGAAGCUGCAGCUGCAGAUCCAGGCAUAGGGCCAAUACACCGGGUGCACCGGGGGAUCGGGCCACAUCGGGUGUAG